AUGUUACAACCAAAUUUCAUUGUUACUUGGAUUUGUGGUAUUUUAUUAUCAGGAGUAGAACUUGUUAUUGUAUUGUUUCAUUGUCUUUGUAUUGUAGAUAUUCAAACUGAUCAAUUAUCUCCAGUAGAUUUUUGUAAAAGAGUUAAUCCGUUUGUUUAA